AUGGGCGACCAGAGCCCAAAGGCAAAAAGGACAUGGGAAAUUUACAACAUACUAGGUGAACAUGAGGCAAAGAUGCAACAACUUGAAGCAGAGGGCAAGUUACCAAAAGCGACACCAAAGAAGAGAGAAGAGUAG